CUUUGAAAAUAGGUGCAUGUGUUUACAUCUUUAUCACUUCAUAACCUAGAACAAUCUUUUAAAUUGUAAAGAAUUGAAAAUUUAUAAAUACAUAACUAUGAGCAAAAAGAAAGAACUUGUUUCUAAAAUUGGUCUUAGAUUAGAUGGAAGAAGGGCAGAUGAACUUAGAAGGGUUCGUUGUAAGAUGGGGGUGUUCAGUCAACCUGAUGGAAGUGCAUAUAUUGAACAAGGUCUAACUAAAGUGUUAGCUGCUGUAUAUGGACCUCAUCAAGUCAGAGGGAAUAGAAGUAAAGCACAACAUGAUUCUGCUAUUGUGAAUUGCCAAUUCAGUAUGGCUGUAUUUUCAACAUCAGAGAGAAAGAAGAGACCCAGAGGUGAUAGAAAGUCCUCAGAGAUGUCUAUACAUUUAAGGCAGGCUCUACUUGCUGCUAUAAAAGUCGAAUUGUAUCCAUGGUCACAAAUUGAUAUAUAUGUGGAAGUAUUACAUGCAGAUGGUGGAGUUUAUCCAGCAUGUGUAAAUGCAGCCACAUUAGCACUAAUUGAUGCAGGAAUUCCACUUAAAGAGUAUGUGUGCGCUUGUAGCGCAAGUUUGGCCAAUAACGAUAUUCCCAUGGUGGAUAUUUCGCAUCAGGAGGAAAUGUUAGGAGGUCCUACUCUCACAAUAGCAGCGUUACCGAUGUCUGAAAAGAUAGUUCUCAUGGAAAUGUCCCAACGUUUCCACAUUGAUCAUCUGCCAAAAGUUAUGGCUAAAGCAUUGAAAGGUUGCAAAGACAUUAAAGUUAUAUUAGAUGAAGCUGUUAGAAGCCAUGUUGAGGAUGUAGGUUGCUCAACUGGAUGGUCAAAUACCAGUCAAAAAAUUAAAGUAUAAUUUACGAAUAGAUUAAAUUUCAU